UAAUUGAAAUUUUAAUAAUUUAUGUUUAUUCUUAAAUCAUUCAGUGUACAUUGAAUGAACAAAAUAUUGAUAAUAAAAUAAUUUAAAUUUCAAACAAACUAAAAAAACUUUAUUAAAAAUCAACAAUAUUAAAAAACAAAACUAAAUAAAUAAAAAAGCAUUCCAAUGAAUGGAUACUUUUAAAUAUAUGGAAGGUAUAAUUGCUAUGAAAGAAGAUAAAAAGUGGAUAGACUAUUGGGCGAUAGUUCAUAUCAAAUACAUUUUCUUUUACGAUCUAAAAGACUGGCAAAUGCAAAAAAAGACGUUUAUUGGUUGUAUCGAUCUAGGAUUAAUGGCAAAAUGUGUUGCCGGUAAAAUGAAAAAACAUGGUUUUUUAUUUUAUUUGAACACUUCAAAGGAAACUUUUCUUUUUAAAGUACAGUCUAAUGAGCAAAGACAUAGAUGGUUUAAAGCCAUUAAUGAAUCAGCUGCAAAGUCUAACAAAAUAGAUAGCCAAAGCAAUGAAUUGACACAUCAAAAUCUAUCAUUUAUACAAUCUAACCCAACAGUUGAUACAAAUUUAUAUGUAACAGAUGAAAAAAACGUUGAAUCUAAUGAAACUAAUGAAGCUAAUGUUGAAUCUAAAGUUUCUGCGCCAAUACAAGUUAAUAGUUCAGUGAACUCAAAGCCAUUAAAUAUAAUAAAUGUUUUGCCAUAUAAUGAAGAAACAAAUAAUAUAAAUACAAAUAAUGCAUCAUGCAAUACUAUUGAAGAAAAUGUUAUUCCAAAUAACACAAUGCUUAAUAAUUUAUCAAAUAAAAACAAUCCUAGCAACAAAUUUGAGGUUGUUAAUUUCAUUGCUCCUGUCGAUCAAAUAUAUAUGCAUAACAUUUUUAUUGCCAAUGAAUAUUUUUGCUGAGAAAUGUACACCAGACCAAAUAUCAGUUUUUCACUUUCAAAAAGCAGUUUAUUUCGGAACACAAAUAGUGUAACCGGUAAAACACAAUUUUCAAGAUAUUUUGUAAAUCCUUUGUAAAUAAACAUUUUGUAAAUAAAUGAAAACGCGUUUAA